CGGUCUGCAGUAUUUAAUGGAGCCCCACCGGAGUUACGUCGGGCCACCCGCGUCGCCUCGACUUUCCCUAGAGCCUUUUGGCUUGCAACUGUUAACAGUCGACAUCGGCGCAAUAGCUUGCUUCUGGCUUUCUGGAAAGAUGGCUCUGCGGCUUGUACGUUCGCCUUUGGUGCAUUGUUCUGUUUCUCGCAUGCCCAAUUCCAAAUACACCCUCUGGAAAAGGAGCCUGUCCUCGACCGUCCAUCGCAACAUUGCUGCGUUCUCACCCAGCUCGACAACCCAGGAUACAAAAUAUACAGAGCUGUUGAAAUUAUGGCAAAAAUAUCGCGGUGUUGACGACCUUCUGCAUUCUGGCGCAAAGAAUGUUCAGAUUGGGUUUCUAGGCAAGAAGCGAACCAUAUCCAAACAGCUCUCAUUCGCCGACCUAAACACGUCAUCGGGAGAGACAAUACAAAUAUGCUCCAACGCGAAUGUAAACAACGACAUACACACUCAAUUCCGCCAGAUUCCUGCCUUUAGUCCCGUUAUCAUAGAGACCCGACAGCCCACUUCCGAAGAGCAAUCCCUGGACACCUCCUCGAAAGCUACUGUCUACCUCGAAGCUAUACGGCCGCUUAAUAGUGUCCCUAAAGACCUAAUUGUCACACCCGAGGUUGUUUUCCCUCCGGAUAAGCGCCACUUGCAAUUGCGUUUCCAUCCAGAAUUACGCGCUCGUCUCGAAUUCCGAUCAUGGUUUAAGAAUACACUGCACAAGGGCCUUAUGGCCAAAGGGUUUACCGAUAUUGAGACACCAACUCUAUUUAAAUCAACAUCAGAAGGGGCCAGAGAAUUUCUUGUGCCUACGCGGCAAAGGGGCAAGGCAUAUGCUUUGACACAAAGCCCACAACAAUACAAGCAGAUUCUAAUGGGCAGUGGUGUUUCUCGUUAUGUGCAAUGGGCUCGAUGUUACCGCGACGAAGACCUUCGCGCCGAUCGCCAGCCCGAGUUCUCUCAACUCGAUAUGGAGUGGGCAUUUGCUGGCUCUGCAACAGUCCGCAAGGAUAUUACGGAUCUUAUUCUAAGCGCCCUAGCAGAGCUUAAGCCGUCGACUACGUAUAGAGAGAUUCGCAGCCAGCGAAUUCCUCUCGUUCGUGAAAUUACAUUGGAGCAGGAUGCCGGUCCUGAAGCGCACAAUUUCACCCAUAUGACUUUCGAAGAGUGUUUAAACUCGUAUGGUACCGAUAAGCCCGAUCUCCGUAUUCCCAACAAGAUCCAUAUGAUCAAGGACUUGGAACCAUAUCGCAAUUUUGUUGGCAUGAUUACUCAUUUGCCCAACCCCCGCAUUGAAGCCUUCGCAUUUCAUCUUGAGAAUAGCACUCCUGAAGAAACUCGACAACUCAUCUUUGAGUUUAUGGAGAACUUGCCUGCGUCUAUCGCUGAGAAUACUGAUGGAAAGCCCCAGAUACUCGUCUAUGACUCGUCCAAGCCCCUCUGUGGGUUCUCGUCGCUUGGAUUCGAGUUUGAGUCACUCCUUGACCAGAUUACCGAAUCAAAGCCCCUCAAUGAUGGUGAUCUUGUUGUCGUUCAGGCGCGCCCAGAACCAGAGGGCCAAUACUGUUCGGCUUCAACCAAGAUUGGCGACAUCCGCAGUGCCCUAUGGGCGCGCUUGGUAGAGGUUGGCCAAAUGACUAAACCUCGUCUAGGAGAGCCUGGCUCUUUACAGUUUCUCUGGGUCACCGAAUUCCCUAUGUUCAAGCCUUCGGAAGAAGGUGAGCCGGGCCAGGGCGGCGCCUCAGGCUUUGCUGCAGCACAUCACCCGUUCACUGCACCGCGCUCCCAGAAGGAUCUAGAGCUUCUCUUCAGCUCGCCCCUCGAUGCUAAGAGCGCCGCGUAUGAUCUUGUCCUGAACGGAGUAGAGAUUGGCGGCGGCAGCGAACGUAUCCACAUUGCUGAAAUUCAAGAGUUUGUCAUGAAGGAUAUUCUGUUGAUGGAUGAGGCCCGUAUCAAAGACUUUUCGCAUCUUUUUGCGGUUCUCCGGUCUGGAUGUCCACCUCACGCAGGCUUUGCGCUUGGAUUUGAUCGCCUGACUGCGCUUCUGACAGACACGAAUUCGGUUCGAGACGUGAUUGCGUUCCCGAAAACGAUGAAGGGCGAGGAUCCCUUUGUUAAGUCGCCAAGUAAAAUUACAAAUGAGCACUUGGCCUCGUACGGAUUGCGUAUUGGCUCUACCAAGGAAUGAAGCUAAUGCAGCUCGUAACAUUACUGUAUUAUAGAAUGUAAAUAUGUAUACUAGAAUCGCCCGAUACCCGGCAAAUCAAAGGGAAUUCGUAGUUCACUGGGAUGCUUUCCAAUAUUAGACGGCACUUAAUUCUACCAAUGAUUAAAUUAGAACCCUGCGUCCUUUAUUGAAGUUACCCGUCAGAAACAAUCGAACACAUCGCAAUCAGCAUUUUGAGGUGCAUAGUAAGACUGGUUGUAAACAGUACUUGCAUCAUCUAUUAGCCGAACAGCUGGGCAUGUUGCAGUGCCAAUCAUAAGUUAAUCAUUUAAAGUGCAUAGUUUUAAUUAUGCACUAAUUUCUUUUUCAAAAUUAUUAAUUUGAUUUUUACGAUUAUUUUCCAUGUCUAAAAGAUUGGCA